CGCGUGUUCAUUCAUGAAACAUGGUUGCAGUUUUAGGCAAUAAAGAAGCAGUGCCUGCAAGCUUACAGCUUGUUGUUUUCACGAGACGCGAUGGGAGAUUUGAUGCCGGUGUUACGGCGAACUAACGGGAAUUAGUUGCGUUUGAACAGAGAAAACGCCGUGUGGUCAAUGUCUUUUGGCGCAAAAUGGCUUCAGUGAACUUUUUCGAUGGUCCGGAGGAGCUGGAGGACUCGAAUCACGCUUUAAGUUUGAUGAAAGGGCUGAAAUUAUUCUACGACUCGCAAUUAUUAGUCGACGUGACUAUCGAAGUAGAAGCUGAACGGGAGUCGGAGGACCAAAGUGUUUCCUCUCCUGUUGCAGGAGGAACAUUUUUCCAGUGCAACCGCAAUAUACUGGCUGCAGCGAGCCCUUAUUUUAAGAGCAUGUUUACAGGAGGUUUGUAUGAGAGCACUCAGAGAAAGAUAACCAUUCAUGAUGUCGAUGCUGACUUAAUGGCUGUCAUCAUCGAUUACUGCUACACUGGCAAAGUGACAAUCAAAGAAGGCAACGUGCAAAGGCUCUAUGCAGCUGCUAAUAUGCUUCAGCUGGAGUAUAUAAGGCAGGCUUGUGCUAAUUUCAUGGCGAGAAGGCUGGACCUUUCUAACUGUGCAGGGAUUUUGAAGUUUGCUGACGCCUUUGACAAUCUGGAGCUGAAGAGCAAGGCUCAAGCAUUCAUUGCAAAGAACUUUGUCCAGCUUAGUGCCAGUGUAAAAGAGCUUUGCGAGCUGGACCUGAGGCAAAUAAAAGAGAUCCUCGCUCUGGAUGCUCUCGACGUGGACUGUGAAGGGAAAGUGUGUUCGUUUGCAAUACAGUGGAUUGAGAAUAAUCUGCAUGCAGAUGCUGAAGAUGCACUGCAGGUCCUUAGGUGUGUUCGGUGGUCUUUGUUUUCAGAAAAAGACAGGGGUUAUCUCGAUUGCCUUAAAUCGAAGCCUUUUAUAAAGAAAUAUAUUUCUAAUGUGUUUGAUAGGGUCUUCGGUGAACAAAGCAUUGUGAUUUCAAAGGGUGUAAAUGCUACCAAACAAAGAAUCGGGAAGAGUGCGAAAGAAGUGGUCCUCUUCUUUGGAAGGCCAAAUGAACCUUUCAUGUGCUACGAUCCCUACACGGAAGAAAUCUACUCAAUGGCUUCCCCGGUCAUUAACCUAUCAAAUCAGAACUUCAAACACUCUCCUAUGGAUACGUUUUUGGUCUGUAGCACACCAGAAAACCAUUUGUAUCUGGCCUCGCACCUGUCAAAGCACUUCUGGGUGUACAACCCAUUGUUAAAUCGCUGGCAGGAGCUGGCAGAAAGACUGCUUGGACGAAUGCACUCGUACAUCGGCUACCUCAAUGGGCACCUUUACAUUCUGGGUGGCAGAAAUCUGGUUUCAGAUGCCAGGCUCAAGGAAGUAGAGUGCUACAGCAUUCAAAGGAACCAGUGGAUUUUGGUGGCCCCUUUGCCUCAUUCAUUGGGGAAGAUGCAGGUUGUGACAGUCAGUGAGCGAUUCUAUGUGGUGAAUAAGAGGAGGAUGCUCAGCUAUGAGCCCAAGAGAAACCACUGGCUCCAGCAAGGCUCUCUCAAACGCAGUAAACUCCACAAAGCCUGUGUCUUUCAGGAGCAGAUCAUCUGCCUGUGUGACAUCCCUGUGGUAAAAGCGUACAACCCAGCUCGUGGAGAAUGGAGGCGCAUUGGAGACAUUCCAAUUGAUAGCAGUGCUCUCAACUACCAAGUCGUGCAACACAACAACAAACUGCUUCUACUAACGAUUGCAAUAGUUCAUCACAACAAAAAUAGGCUUGUUGUACAUGAAUAUGACCCCUCUCAGGACACUUGGCAAAAUGUGGCCACCAUGUUUGGAUCCUUGUUUGGGUCAAUAAGUCUCUCCAGCAGGGUGUAUACUGCAUGUCUGGGUUCUGGUCAGAAUUUCAUCUCGGAGGAGGAUGAUGACAGUGGCUCCAGUGCUGACUGGGACUUUGAUGGAUUGACUGAUGCAGACUCUGACUCUGGCAGCUCAAGCUCGUUUUCAGAUGAGAACUGGUAGUCAGUGUGUUUCUCAAAGUUUAAACAGUGUAAAAUGUGGAACUGUGCAUAAUACAGCCAAAUGUCAUAAAUGCUGCAAAGUAUUUUGAGGUAUACAGUGGGGUCCAAAAGUCUCAGGCUACUUUGAAAUUCUGGUAUUUUUAUUUUAUGUUUUAUUUAAAACUGAAAAUAAAAUUUCAGGAUUAAAAAAAACAUCAGUUGUUGGGGGUAAUUUUUUGUCAUUUUCUUACUAUUAUUUCAUUUUGAAUAAAUCAUUAUUUCUGAAUGACCAUGA